GCUCGGAUGCAGUUGGAUGCCUUGCGGGGGUGUGUUGUGGUCCGCUUCUGAGAACUGGUUGUGGGAAUGAGGGUUAUCUGCUGCUGAUAAGGGACCCAUAUAAAAGGCUGCGCUCGGAUGAGACACUCACUGCCGGCUGGAGGGAGCAAGGACACCGUGCUGUCGGGGAAUUAGAAGAACCAUGCUGCUGCUCGCGGUCAUCGCAUCCGUUGCCAACGUGCUUUUUGCUGUUGGAGCUGUAUGCAUACCCCUGUCGGACCAGGGGCCCCACAUCAGCCAGGGCUGGGGCCAGGUGGUCCGGCUCCGGCACCUGUACGCCGUCAGGCCGGGACUGCACCUGCUGAUCAGCGGAGAUGGACAGAUCCACGGUUCCGCGGACCAGACUGUGAACAGUCUGCUGGAGAUCCGACCAGUGGAUCCAGGCUGUGUUGUCAUCAGAGGGGUAGAAACCACACGGUUCCUCUGUAUGGAAGAGGAUGGCAGGCUGUAUUCAUCGCACACCUACAGUAGAGACGAUUGCACCUUCAGGGAGCAGAUCCUUCCAGACGGGUACAGCGUCUACAUCUCUGACAGACACGGAGCUCUGCUCAGCCUGGGAAACCACCGGCAGAGGCUGCAGGGUUUAGAUCGAGGCGUUCCAGCUCUGGCCCAGUUCCUCCCCAGGAUCAGCACCCUGGAUAAGACCUUGCCCUCUAAACCGGCUGUAAAUCCUCAACAGCUGAGUGCAGUACAAACAGAAGAACCUGUGGAUGCCAUGGAUUCGUUUGGAAAGCUCUCUCAGAUCAUUCACAGUCCCAGCUUCCACAAGAGAUGAGACAACAGUUUUGAAACAUCUGUUAAUAUAAGUGUCCUGGGGCUUCCAUGCACUCCUCCUUGCAUGUUGUAAAACCAGGGACUCGCUGCUGGUCUAGUAAGCCUGCACCAGAAUAGCUGCCAGCACUGUUCAGUCAGAUGUGACCAAACAAAAUGCAAGUGCAGUGUCCUGCAGACUGGAAAGCGAUGCCUGUAAAGAGUGUCUAUCCAGUAAUACUCCAUUUACUGAUCAAACACUGGGCGUGUGCUCACUCUUCCUCCCUGAAGAAAGCCAAGGACAAUGGGAGGGGUGUGUUUGCUUGGAACAAAAAGAAGGGCACCACCGACCACCGAAAAACAAAGAGCAGGACCUUCAAACACAGGGAAAAGGAAAUGAUGCUUCUCUGGUGUUUCUGGUUCGAACAGACGAUAAGCAUAUGUUUACUAUGUUCCUGUAACAUGACGAGAGGGGUUUCAUGUAUAUUUCUUCCCUCUAUUGACAAUGAGAAAAGACUGAGUUAUAUGUAGGUAAAGAUCAUAAUGUUGAUAAAAUAACAGUGGGAUGGUGUGGUAAAAAGUUAGGCAAAAACAUUAUUAUGCUACAGUUUUAUACUACAUUUGCUGUAUUUAUUUAGUAUUUACAAAUGCUACUUUUCAUUGUAUAUGUAGUCCAACAGUGCUCUUCACCCACUGAUCAGUUAACCACACAUUAAAGAAGCUAAUCUGGAACACUGGAGGAAUCAAACCAAAACUCAAAACUAAUUUUACUGCUAUCUGGCCCUAAACUCUGAAUAAAAACUGGCAGAAUAUAUCUUUACUGUCAGAGAUAGAAAGCAGAAACAGAUACACCAAAUACAAACUCCAGGACCACAGUUGAGCCACAGACGAAGAACGAAACAAGAGCUCAUAGCUACAAACAGAACAAAGAGUGUGUGGUCUCUGUGUGACAGAGGUGCUCCUCAUCUUAAAAUGUAAUAUACUAAUAAAAGGACUGCCUUAGGACACUGGA